AUGGAUAUCCUACCGCUCGAGGUGACUCAACAUAUCUUUGCGCUCGCGUGCACUGAUGGUGGUCGCACCGGCUGCUCCCUCUCUCUCACCUCCAAGACCAUACGUACGGUUGCCCGUUCUACCCGAUUCCACUCCAUCUUCCUUGAUGCGUUCUAUGCACAACGCUUAUCGUCGUUCGUGUCGACGUACGAAAAGCAAUGCCAGCCUAUGUGCGGUGCUCGGCCGCGCGUGAAGCACCUGUAUCUCACCCUGGCAGUACUCGGCAUACCAUCCGAGUUUGCUGGCUCUGGCACCACUGCGCCUAUCGAGGUCCCUGGAUCAGUACCAUGGUCCCUCCCAGAUGGUGCGCGCGCGCUCCUCCGAGCUGUAUCAGCGGAUAUAAUCUCCCUCGUCCUCCAGGUUUUCCCUACUAGCGGCGGUCGUUCGUCGGCGGGUUCCACGGCGGACGCUCCCACCCUCAGCUGCACGUUCCCGUCCUUGCGCGAGCUCACUGUGUUCGGGACGAGCGACCCACGCAGCUUCUUCUCUGGGGUGUCGACACCUCCCAUCUUCCCGAAUUUGCGCCGGCUGCACAUCAUCGACACCAAAACAAUCUAUGGGAUGUUGCGGAAGCAGAGACUCGAGCCGUGGACGACGCACGCCCCUAAAACGACACACCUCCGGGUAUCGAAUCUGAGCGACCUCCUCGGGCCUGGCGGAAUCCCCGUCGAGCUCGCUGCACAGAUAGGAGUUCCCGUCGAUAGACAACACGAGGAGGAGACGCCGGUGAGGGAAAGGUGGCCUCGAUCUGGAGAGUGGCCGCCGGCGACGCAUCCGCAUCUACGAUGCGUCAUCAUACAACCCUGCAAUCCGCCAUCGUCUGGAGCACUUAGAGGAGAACUGUGGAGGUCGUACUGCAGGUCCGGCGAGGUGUUGAGGAAGCUGGCAGAAUACCCUGCAUAUGUGAACCUGGAGAUCGUAGUUCUAACGCCUCCCGACGAGCCGGGAAAUCUUUCGUGGUGGACUGAGAGCAUGAAGAUGCAAUGGUUGGACCGCAUUAAGGGAGGGCCAGGGUGCUGGGCGGAUGUUGGAGACGAUGAAGCGGAUGGGAACAGAUGA